AUGGCCCAGCACAGUGACUACACGAUCUUCCAUAAAGAAAUCCUCAUCAAGAUCAUCAGUAAGGACAGCCAGUGUCUUGCUUUUCGUGACACUACCCCUCGAGCACCAAAACACUUUCUGGCAAUAGCCAAGAAGAAUAUAGCCCAGAGUUCUGUAGCAGAAGGUGAUAAAGAAAGUCUUCUAGGAUGUCUAAUAACAGUUGGCAAGAAAUGUGCUGCAGAUCUGGACCUGAACAACGGUUAUCAGGUGGUUGUGAAGGUGCAGAUGGGGACAGUGGUCUAUCAUACUCAUCUCCAUGUUCUUGGGGGUCAGCGGAUGAAUUGA